AUGGUCUUGCUGCAGCGAACAGCCGCGAAGGAGUCGCGUCUGCAGACGCGGAUGGCGGCACGCUAUCAGCACGUGUUGGGCGCCUUCCACGACGGUGUGCGGGAGUUCAAUAAGCAGCUGGACGAGGAGCAAAUGCUGCAACUUUUGAACCUGAAGGAAUUUCUGCGGCGCAGCCACGAGGAGUGGGAGGAGAAGCUGCGGGCGGAGAUGCAACGCGUGGAAUGCCACAAAAAUCAACUUGCGCAGCCCAUAGUGAGUGACGCGGACGAUGUCCUGCAGCCCUUCACGGACCAUUAUCACAAGGUCGAGGUAACCAUUGACGAUAGUAAGGCCCGGCUGCAGGAUGAGCGUCAGCGUCUCCUUCAUUUGUGCGUCGAAUUACGAAAUGCGCAUCAAAUGCGUGUUGAUGCCAUCGCCGUAUGCGAAGAGGCCUUGGAGACACGUGAAAAGGAGAGACGUGAGCGGCUCAAGAAGACUCUUGUGGAAUUUGUAGAGGCACUGACAAAAAUCAGCUACACAAGCAUCGGCGCUUCCCACGUCAUGGCGCAGCGGGCGAUUCAUGACAUCAACGAGCAUCUCUGCAAAAACCAAGCUGGUAGGAAAACAUUGUUGGCACAAUUGCGCUGCCGAGAAAUCUUGCGGCAACGGCACUAUAGCCGCCAGCUGGCGGAUGUGUACGGUGUGUCGCUGGAGCUCAUGAUGCGUAGUAGUUUACAGUGGGCAGUAACUUUGCUAAAGACGGCAUAUUUUCGCCGACCGCGGUGCCGAAUGCAGGCGUUGGAAAAGAUCAGCCAACUGGUUGGCAGCAUAAGACGUGAUGGGACGCAAUUUAUUGGUAACGUGGCAACAACGGUGCAGACGCUGCGGCGCGCACGUGAUCCACAGCCGAUGGAGUGCGGCCAGGUGUGCGGCGGCACGCUUCCCGAUGGCUGGCUACGCAGUUUUGAUUCUUGUCUCUUUUCACCCGUCUUUCCGGUGAGUCCCUCGGAGGUGACGAUGGAGUGGCGUGUAAAGGCGAACGUUCUGGUGCGUAACAUCUUGGUGCAGUGUGCCACAGUGGCGGAGGAAGUCCGUAUUGAGGAAGAGCGGCUGUGUGAAGAGGCGGAAUUGAUCCUCAAGGAAUUGCAUGCCCUUGUGCAGUGGGUCUGCCAGCCGGAGGAGAAAGAAACGGAGAUGCUGGAGAGGGCCUCAUUGCAUGGUGUAGAUGAUGUGUAUAAGCGCUUUACCAAUGCGAAUGCCGCGCUGCACGCACAAUUUAGUGGGGAGGUGGACACCGAAGUGUUGCCUUUGCUGGCAACCAUCCGACACGAGAGUGAGUGGUUCACCAGCGCGGUGGAGGUCGAGCUGAAUGGUCAGCACGGGACACUUGAAGGCUUUCUGCUCACUGGGCCGAGCAACGUUUUGCUGACAUUUGAGAAGGCGACGAACGCGUUGGAGGUGACGGUGACAAAGGCCUUUGGGUUCAUUCGUUCGCGUUUUAUUGAACUCUAUGAGGCACGUAAAGACCACGAUGAUGCCCUGCAACGCGUGGAGGCAGAACUCGCACGGAAGCAAAAAGAGCUGCAGCACUCGACAACAGUGGAGGCGGCGGAGAAAUUUUUUGUCGAGAACCUUGUUAUCCUUGAACGCAUCGCAGCGCAGCACGCGAAUUUCCACCGCCACACCGUGCAGUCACUGCAACGCAUCGUGCUGGAGGGGCAGACGGAGAUGGAGCAGCACUGCGCUAAUUUGUUGCUGCUCUUUGGCCUUGAAAGCGAGGAGGCGUGCGUGCGGCGCGAGCGUGAAUUGGCGGCGGCAGCAGCGGCAGAGGCGGCCGCGACGAAAAAAGGGCGCGGGAGGGGUGUUGUGGUGGAGUCGGACUCCGAAAGCGACGAGGAGACGAUGCCACCGUACCCAACCAUCACCGCAGUGGAUGGGCAGCUGUAUUUCAUCAUUGGACCACCGGCACUGGAAGACAAUUCGCCAGCCUCACCAGAAGUUGCAUCGCCGCAGUCGUCGCAGCAAAAAAGUCGGAAGAGCGGCGGGGGUGAUGUCAGACGCAAUUCUUCGACGUCAGGCAGCAAGAAGUUGUUGUCUCAGUCAAAACAGAGAGGCAGUAAAAAGAUUAAGGACAACCAAUCCCGGAGUGAAAGCGGCGCAAACUCCAGUCGACGUUCCCCGGUGCUGAGUGUCGUGCUACCGCCCGCCUUCUUGCAGACGUACGAGGCGCUUCUAAAGGACGCGCUUAAGGAAGAUGGCGGGACGACGUCCCUUUCGCUGUCUACCGUUGAGGCGUGGUGCGAGAUGCUACGGGUUGAAGUCCUCAACUGGACAGUUCAUCUUCGCCACGCUUCAAUGGAGCAUCUGCAGAAGCAGUGCAACGCACAGAAGUCCGCGGUCGAUGAGGAGACGAAUGAAAUUCUGCGGCAUCACCGCCGUCGCCCUGCCAAGAUGCAGUCUGAAUUUGAGGGGCGAGUACGCGAGGUCGAGGCGGUGCACUUGAAGAAAGAGAACCGCUGCGCUCGUCUGCGGGAGAGUUGUUUGGCGCUUGAAACCGCCUGGUCUUCUAUGGUAGCAUUUGGCGACGCAGAGGCCCUCAGUAGCCAACUGUUCGAGCAGCUUCAGGAACUGGAGAAAAUGGCUCCGAAGACGAACGCGAUAAAUGCGCUGGUGUCGCAGGAACGGAACUUUGCCUCCCUUGUCUCUUCCUCUUUGGAGGCUUAUACUAAUCACCAUUAUGGGAUUUUGACGGAUUUCACAAGGCAGAGGGAGUCGUUGGAGUCGGAGUGUCGUAGUUAUCUCCUUGGCUGUGGGAAGAGUGUUCCUGAUAACCUGGACGAUAUUCAUGACACGAGCGCAUGGGACGAUUGCAAUGACAGCAGCUGCAAAGAAGUCAUGGACACCCUGCUGCGGCUUCACAACGCCGCAAAGGCUUUCAAGGAGAAACUCAACUCAGAGCGCGAACAACACGUGCGGCGCUUGGACACGAUGAAGUCCAAUUACACGGCAGUAUUUGAGCAGAACGCCGGGGAGCUGCAACUUUUGGCGCGUCUGCAGGAGAUAUUGUCACGGCUCAAGGUGCAGGUACACUCCCUUACGACACUCUCGGAGACCAGCGAGGCGGAGAUUGAGGAGAUGCUUAAGGAAUUGGAGGAAAAACUCUCCUCGCAGUCCUUACCGUAUGACUUUUCCAGGGCGGUUGUAGAGAUGGUGGGUCGGGAGUAUGGCGUUUCUUUCAGCAAUGCGGAGGUGCGGUCGUCGACUGCUACCGGUCGUGGCUCCACUGCUUCUUCCCACGCCGUCACGCCCACGAAGAAAGUACAAAAAAUGGCAAGGGGUGCGGGGGCAGGUGCGAUCACAUUGACGCAAGACCGCACACGUGAGGUGGAGGCGGAGUUGAGUGGGCGGCUGGCAGAUCUAAGGAUCGAGACGCAGCGGCAGAUUCGUGCGAGUGAUCCGUCAAAAGUGAUGCGUCUUCUUGAUCACAUUCGCGAGAAAAUUUUUGUGCGUGGACGGCACCUUGACUGCCUACAGUACGGCGUGGAGCUAUUUAACGUACCGCAGGAAAACUACAUCGAUCCACGUCUUGGCGCUACUUCUGACGCAACCGCGGAGGAAGCGGCCACGACAGCAGCUGGAACGACAACACCAACACCAUCAACUACCUCUUUUUCUUCGCAAGGACGCCCACGGAGUAAGUCGAAGUCUUCUGCAAUACCGAGUUGUAUGAUGGCCGCGCUCUACACAACAACUGAACUUCCGGAAGUUAUUCCUGCGGAACGGCAAUUAAACGAGUGGCUUGCGGUGACGAAAUCACAGGUGGAAACUCUGACAGACCACCACUUUUCUAUGUACCCGCCACCGCUUCUGCGCCGAUUGCCCGGCAUGUCGGGGGGGAAUCUCAAGGAUGUCAUGGAGAUGUGCAAUCAGGUUUGUGACCAACAGCAGCGAAAUGUCUCUCAGUACAUGGUGAAGGCGGUGCAACGGUACCGCGAGCAGGUGCAGCGCCUGUCCGUGGCGCUGCAAAAGAUUCCAAACUACCUGGUUAAUUCGACGUACACCUUGUCCUCCACCGCAAUGGAACGACGUGUAGCGGCGGUGUUUGAUGUCUUUGCCGGCUUUUAUGGCGACUCGGAUACGCUGCGGUCUAUGCACGAUCGUCUCGCUAAAGUUACCCUCGCAUCGAACUACAACCGCGAUAAACUUAAUGCGCUGUGCGAAGCCGAAAAAGCCCGGCAGACCGUGACGCAUGCAACCAUCGAAAAAAUAUGGGGAUAUGCACUGCGUGAGAUAGAGGACGAGGCCGCCAUGCAUGCGGCAAGAAGUCUUAAUGUAAACAACAAUUUUUUUGCUUUAUUGCGAGGAGUUGUGCUGCCGGAGAAUUUAAAACCCGCCGAUGACGAUGGGGGCGAUGGUCGACACCGAGGGCUUCGCAGCCUGCUGCGUCUCAAAGCAAAGGAGAACCGCACGAAAGAGAUACAGCAGCACUCAACGAAGCGAGAACGGAGGCUGCGUGAAACAAUGAAUCGCCAGUCCCAGGGCAGCACAACGUCAGGAGGCAAAAAGUUGGACCCUUACCCUGCUGCUGAGGCGCCAAAUGUACUGCUGCCCGUUCCAGCGCUGCAGGAAGUGGAACACGGUCGCGUGCCUCUCCGUGCUGUGCGGCCGCUGGAGAUGUUCAGCGCUGAGCACCCGGAUGCCGAAAUCGCUGCACCAAAUAUUGACAUCACAUCCGCCUUUGCACGCAUUUCAAGGUUGUCGCGUUUAUAUUCUUUGGCAGGCAAUCGACGGCAGAAAAAUGAUGCUUCCAGUGUGUCUUUGGAGGAGCAUGCGCCGGCUGUCGCCAUUGUUGCGCCGGAGACCCCUUUGCACAUGGAAAUGGCAAAGCUUACCCAGCAAUCGGUAGAGCAUUUUAACAAUACCUCCUCGAACGCUGUGGAAAAGGCGAGCGGUGCCUUUUCAGAAGUGGACUGA